AUGACUGAACAAGCCCGUGUGCUGAGAGCGACACGCGAUGCAGCACUGGGGAACAAAUUCCACAAACUGCCUGAUCCGACGUCAUCCAGAGGUGGCACACUGCUACACAGCCUGUCGUCAAAGGAACUGACGAAGGAGCAAGUACAGAUUUUACGGCACGAAGCCUCAUUCAACACAGCUGACGCCAAACCUGUCAACAUGAUUGCAGCUGUGGGAUCGGUCAUUAAUCAGACGGAAGCGGCGGAGGAGACAGAGAACCUAAUCCGACACCAAAUGUCGUCCCGCCUUAUGACCCACAAACCGCGGGAAAUAUUCCCAAAGGUCGAACGCGAUGCACUAAGAGAACUCAAGGCCGACAAGGACAUCGUCAUCGUGCCCGCGGAUAACGGCCGUUCCACCGUCGUACUGGGCAAAACAGACUACCUUCAGAAGGCCAAAGACCUACUGGAGGAUCGCCAGUUUUAUGUCCCAUGUGAAACCAACCCCGUAAAGACGCUGACACGCGAAAUUACUGCGACACUGUUGGCACUAGAGAACUCGGGUGCAAUGACAUCGACCGACCGACGCAUGCGAGAGCCCAAGAAACGGCCUUGGCCCGAUUCUAUGGUCUCCCAAUGUGCACAAGGAGGACGCUCCUCUCCGGCCCAUUGUAUCGCUCAAAGGCACUCCGACGUACGGACUAGCGAAAUGACUGUUUCGGCGCCUCAAAUUUCUGACCGCUGA